AUGCCACUAGAUGCAAACCACAGCAUCGGAGUCCUGAUGGAGAACCUGGGGCACACCGGCAGGACGAUCAAGCUACUUAAGGUCAGUUGCAACGGAUGCGAAAUUGCGACACAUCAGACUUGGUUGGUCGGGGACACCAAGAUUGACCAAAUUGUAGUUCGGCAGAUGAAGGCUCGAUCCGAGACCGUGGCGCGAUACUUGACUGCCAGGGGCUACGGCUGCUUUGAGGGUGGAGAUGACUUCCAUUUCGUGGUGGGCUGCAUGAAGCUGCCGUUGCCAAAAUCUGCUUUGGUUUCAAGCCAAGUCCAGCAGAAAUCGGCUUUGAAACCACCACCUUCGAUCAGCUCCGUCUGCAUGCUUGUGCCAGUUUAUCCGCCUCAUUUCCGUGCCCUCGCAGCACGAAUGGAGAUGGUCAAGAGAACAAACACUGGCCCGCCCGUUAAGUCGGUCGUUGUGUUUGGAGAUGAUGUGGAGUCUGACGACUUCUGCUCAAGGCACAGGGCCAGAUGUUUCGACGAGGAUUUCCACCCUCUGCUGCUGGAGGACUUGCUGGGCUCCGCAGCACAUGCGAAGCUAAAGAGAAGGCUGCGGUUGCAAUAUCUGCCAGCAAACUUUAAAUACAGCGGGGAGAGGCAUGGUUGCUUGGCGAAGUCGGCUGGGCGCAUUUACCAAGCCAUAAAGAAGUUUUAUGGCGUGGCUUACAGACCUUCUGAAUGUCAGACGUACUGGGUUUCUGAUGCCGAGUCUGUGCCCUUCCGAAAGCACAAUCUGACAGAGCAUUUGGCUCUGAACUCGCGGUCCCCGAGAAUCGUAGUGAGCACUUGGCACGAUGAGCCAGACUGUGCUAAUGUGGCUGCUGACGAUGGGACGGACCAAGCCUGUGCCAUCAUGAUGACGAACCAAACGAAUGGCAUGCGCUUUAGGAACGAUGAUGCGCAGUCAGUAUGGACACCUGGUCGAUGGAAGAAAGUCUUUCACAACGUGGACCAGUGGUGGUAUUACGACCGCACCGUGACAGCAGAGUGGCUAGACUUCUUAGCAACUUCAACAGGUAUGCCUGCCUGGUCAGUCUUUGGGUUUUAUGAUGUAUCUGACAUGUCCGUGUAUGGCAUGAUGAUGCAUUGGUCUGCAUUCUAUGCUCACCCAGGCCGCACUGAAGUCGUGAAUAUCAGAGCAGAAAUCCGGAAGGUCGAUCCUAGCGCCUUCAGCAAGUGCUGCAAGUGUUCGCAAGCAGCGACGGGUCCGGGUCUACCUGGCCCAGGCCCCCCCCCGAUGCUCAACGGCCGUUAA